UGAAGCCCCGCCCCGUCACGCGCAUGAGGAACCUCGCUCGUGCGCGCGGUUAGUUUGGAGAGAAGAGCAGACAGAGCACAAGAGGCGGAUUCAUGCUAACGGUCGGUGGUCACGAGCCAGGUCCCCCAUUGGCUGGGUGUCCCGCGCCGGCCGCUCAUUGGCUGUAGUUCUGGCUCGGCGGGUAACGGCCCGGGGCCGCCAGGCGCGUGGCUGUCUGAAGCAAUGGCCUCGAGUGGCCCCGAGGAAGGGGCGGCCGAGAUAGAACCGGCUUCGGGUGAGAGCUCCCACUCAUGGCCUGCCGGGCCCUCGGUCAGCGCUGGGCCGAGCCGGCGGCCGCUUCUUUCCAGCCAGGGCGAAGAAGAGGCGGAGGCCGACCCAUUGCCAGCCCAGUACCCGUCCCACCUGGGGGCCGUGCCAGGGCGGGACAAGGUGGCCUUGUACUGCGACAGGCUGCUGCGGGGCUGCAAGGCAGAAGAUGCCAAUAAAGCAAUGAGUAAAUAUCUUCUGGAGAAACUGAAGAUGAAAGAAAAAUGGCUUGGAGUCUGGAAGACUAAUCCAGAGCUUUUCUUCAUCAGUUCUGAAAAUGUCCUUAUACCUUUUGUUGGAAUACUUGUUGAAGAUUCCUAUGACGGGUUCCUCCCCGGGGUGCCACCUAGAACUGGGAUAUCACUGAGCUCUCUGACCCACCAGCUCCCUUUCACACUGUGUUGCCGUGACAAGUUGCAAAGCCCUCCAGGCUUGCACUUUUCACCAGUAUUCACACAGGUUACUUGCAAACCAUCUCAGAGCACCUCAUCUCACUUGAAAGCUUCUAUAUCUGUUGCUGAACCAUUUUCCUCUAAUAUUGCAAAUAUUCCAAGAGAGCUUGUUGAUAAUGUUUUGGAUGAACUGGACCAUUGUGUACCUUUGCUGGAAAUCUACCCUGUCGAGGGGCAGGAUAUGGUAGUAUUUGAUAUUGCCCAGGCUUUGGACGUUGUGAGGUUUUUCUACGACUUCCUUUGGAGGGACUGGGAUGACGAUGAAAGUUGUGAGACCUAUACGGCACUGGUAGAAGAGAGAAUUAAACUUUGGUGUGAUAUUGAGAAUGGAACUAUUCCUGCUCCAAUUGGUCAACGUUUUAGAAAAAAUCUGGAGAAGUAUAAAAACAUGCAUUUGGAAUUGAUUCAGUACCAAAGUAAUAUUAAAGAAGAACCUACAGCAGAAGAAGCUGUUGAAUGUUGGAAAAAAUACUAUGAACUAGUAAUGCUAUGUGGAUUGCUGAAAAUAUGGGAGGACCUUCGCCUCAGAGCUCAUGGACCUCUGACCCCAAGGAUACUGAAGCGUAGGAGAGGACACAGAGAUGAUGGGAAAGCUGUAACUCAUAUUGUAGCUAAAACAGUGACAGCAGAAAUGGUUAAGGAUUUUUCUGUUGAGACACUGCUUCAACAUGAUAAUUUAAACAUGGCUUUGGAUAGCUGUUACAGUGGCGAUAGUGUGGUCAUUUUCCCGGGAGAAUAUAAGGCUGUAAACCUCUCCAUGUUAACUGAGGAUAUUAUUAUUCAAGGAGCUGGAAAGCCAGAAGAAAUUGUGAUAGUUUCAGAGCCUACUCAUGAGAGUUUUGUGGUAUCCAAAGCCCAAAAUGUGAAACUAAUGCACCUCACUUUAGUACAACAGGGGACUGUUGAUGGUAUUGUGGUGGUUGAAUCUGGUCAUAUGACUUUUGUAAACUGUAUAUUGAAAUGUGAAGGAACUGGAGUCUGUGUGCUUACUGGAGCUUCUCUGACUAUUACAAACAGUGAGAUUACUGGAGCUCAGGGUGCUGGUGUUGAGCUUCACCCAGGAAGCACAGCCAUUUUGGAGGGUAAUAAAAUUCACCACUGCAAUAACUUCAAAACCAGUGAGAGUUCACAGGGUGCCCUAGGUGGAAUUAACAUUAAGGUUGUUCCUGUCCCGAAACUGAAGAUGAAAAAUAAUCACAUUUAUAGUAACAAUGGUUAUGGAGUGACCAUCCUUCAGCCUACGGACCAACUCUCUACUACAGGAGGGAUACUGGAAUUUACUGCAUCGGGAGAUGCAGAGGAAGAUAUGCUUUCCAAACUAAUGCAUGAAUUGAGCCUAGAGAUGAGUAGUAACACAAUAGAUGAUAUCAAGGGUCUCAGCGUAGUUAAUAGUUAAACAUGCAUUUGAUUUAUGUUUUGGUAUAUAAAAAUUGUUUGAUUAAAGCAACAGUACUCCAAGUUGAAGACUGUUAGUCUUAAAUGCUUCUUUGAAUUAAUGUUAUGGAAAUUAAAGCGCACAGUAAGGGCAACUCUAGUCAACUUUUAGAACAUCUAACUCUAACACACACCUUCAGUCCUGGGUUACAGUGUGUGUCCUUUGACUUAAUAGUCUAAACUGGGAACAGAUAUUUUUCCUCUCAGCAGGCUAGGAAAGAUCAUUUUAUAACACUGAACAACAGCCUGUGUCUACAGUAGUCUGAUCUUUAGUGUCUCCACUGUUACUACACUGGUAGAACUGCAUUGGCAAUAACAGUUGAGCACUAAUGUAGAACACCCUUACAUAGUCAUUAUCCAGACCUACUCUGAGUAGGAUUAGACAACUCUGGCUAAAAUGCCAGUGCUAACUUAUUCACAGUGACCCUUCUAUUGUGGUUACUAUCAGUAGAGCUGCGCGAGAAAACGUAGAUAAUGGAAAAUCUCUUACCUGGUAAUUUUCUUUCUGUUAGCAGUCUCUUCCACAAUUCUGCUACAUAUGGGCUACUUCUCUCCUGGCUGCAGUUUGCAGAGGCAUUUCAAAGCUGUGCUAGCUACACCCUCUUCUCCAGUCUACUGCCAGAUGAUUCAUUCAAAAGCAGUGUCAAAACUUGUAGAAAAUAAUUAGUAACAAUAAUUCCAAUGCCAACCAAAUAACUAUGUACAGUAAGUCCUUGCUUGGAAGGUAGCUAUCCAAAUAAGAUGUUCACCCUCAGCUGACAAGCCAUCCAGGGUGGGUAGAAUCGUUGGAGAUGUUGCUAGCAGACAAAACGAUCAGGUCGGAAAUUUUCCAUUCUGCAGCCCAGCAUCUCCCACAAUUCUACUACCUAUGGGAAAAAGCAAGCAGUGGACAGGAGUAAGGAGGGGUAAGAGAACAAAUGAAGAAAAGGAAAAACAUUUUCAGGAUUGCUCAAAAAGCAAGGUUAUUACUGGAUUACAGUCUGUAGCACCCUCUUGCCAAAAGAAGCCUCUACAGAAGAUUCUCUAUAGUGUCUAAUAAAUGUUAGCCCUUCUCCAUGUCGCUAUUCUGCAGACCCCUGUGGUGGAAGCACAUGCUCUUUUGGCCCAAGAGGUUGCAUAGGGUCUUGUGGAAUAGGCAUCAAUUCCUUCUGGACCAGCACACACACGCCUUGUAUGUCUGCACAAUACAUAGUCUGAUUUAUCUGACCAGGGAUAGCUUGGAUACCCUAAGGCCCUGGCAUACUGGGUGAAAAGAAGCCAACAGAGAGCCUGAUCUCCUUAUGGAUUCUGUACACUUGAUAUAAAUCUUUAGUGCUCAUCUGACAUACAAGGUGUGCCAUAGCUUCCCAGUCAGUGGCUGUGGCUUUGGACAGGAUGAAGGGAGGACAGUCUCCUAUGAGACAUGGAAAGGCAAAUUCUCCUUAUGCAAGAACAUUUUUGAAAUUCUUAGCACCACCCUUACCAUCAUGGAACACAUAAUAAGGUUCAUGCAUAGAUGAGUUCCAGAACUAGCAGCCAUAUCUGGUGAUUGUGACGACAACUAGAAAACAGGUUUUGAUGGAGAGGUAACAUGGUGAUACAGCUAUGUCCAAGGCUCAAAGGGAUGGAUGGUUAGGGUUUUCAACACCAGUGCUAGGCCCCACUUCAGGAAAAUCAGUUUGAUGGCUGAUCUGGCCAGUGAAAAUGCUAUGAGGAACCUGGAUACCUGAGGCUUAUUGGCCAGGGAGCCAGAAGAUAGUGUAAACCAGUACACUAUGAAGGGCUGACACCUAGCAAGCUGCGGUGCUUGGCAUGAACUCUUAUCCUCUCCUUUCUGAAGAAAUUCCAAACUAACUGGAGUCCCACGAUCUUUUACUCUGUGCUUUUGACACCAACUGCUGAAUUUGGUCCAGCUGGAGAAAUAGGAUUUUAGUGUGGAACCCCUCAUAGAAGACAGCAGAAUCCCCAUCACUUUGGAAGAUAUGCCACGUGUGGCUAACACAUCCCUUUUAACAGCCAGGUUGUCACAUAAAGAUGAGCUGCAUCCAGAUGGAGAAAUGGUCCUUGAUAAAGGAUGUCUGAGUUCACCAGUAGCUGCAGUGGUGGUUUCAGCUUUAGAUCUAUCAUGUCAGAGAACCAGGGUCUCUAUGCCCAGUGUAGAGUUAACAUCACCCUUGCUUUUUCUCGCUGCAUCUUUUGGCUCAUUUUCCCUAUGAGAAAGAAGGGCGAGAACGUGCAUAGUCAGCCUUGAGGCCAUCCGUUUGACAGAGCAUCUGUUCCCAUAGACUUGGAUCUGCUUCCCGGGUGAAGUAUUUCGGCCACUUUGCAUUCUUGUGAUUGGCAAGCUGGUCAGCUGAAGGGAACCGAACAUCUGUGUGAUCAGAUUGAAGAUAAUUCUGGGUUGUUGAGAUGGUAAUGGCUGAGCUAGUUUGCCUUUUGGUUCAGUUCCUCUUUUAUGUGGAUUAUUUUUAUGGAACAGAGAAUCUUUUCUGCCCACACUUUUAUCUCCAUCAUUUCUACAUGUAGAGCAACGCUGCUUCUCCCUCCUCGGUUGUUUAUGUAUGCAACCAUUGUCAUUCUGUCUGACUCACCAUGAUGUAGUUGCCUUCCACGUGGCUCUGGAAUCUCAGAACAGCUGGUUUGACCCACUGAGCUCCAAGAGAUUGAUGCUAGGAUUCCUUUCCCUGGGCUCCAUAUGUACUCCCCAUCUGUCUAGGCUGGCAUUGGUAAGAACCUGAGUGUCUGGAAGGCAUAUGGAGACUGCUCUGUGGAACUUGUCCGGGACUGCCCAUCUCAGGGAGGAAAUCUUGUUUCGGACUAGUACCUGAUUUUGUAUGCGCUCUGGGGAUUGGUCUCAUACUUUCAGAAGAAAGGCCAUGGAGGCACCUGAUGUGUGACCUUGCCCUGGGGAGAUUCCGGUGCAUGAGACCAGGAAGCUCAGUAGCUGAAUCCGCACAGCUAUGGUUGGGUUCAUGCACUGGUCCAUCAUGGAUAUCAGAUCCUGGAUCUUCUGGAAUCUGUUGAGUGAUGGUUGACAGAUCAGUGUUGCUAACGUGUUUCUCCACAUCCAGAUGAAUAAUCCUUGUCAACAGAAUCCAGGAACUUUUCUUUGUGUUUAUCACAAAUCCGUGUGCUUGCAGAAGAUUCAAAGUCUGGAUCGUGGCACUACGUGCUGUGGGACAGGGCUUGUCCAGAAAGGGAUACAGGUGAAUACUCUGGGAUCUGAGUCUGCCCAUGAUCACUGCCAGCAUCUUCAUAAAUCCCUGGGGACCAAGAGACCAAAUGGCAGUGUGCCGUACUGGUAGUGAUCUGUGCCAUUACGCAAAUCUUAAAAGCCUGUGGUGGAAUGUGGAGGUUGAGUCUGCCAAAUCCACUGAGGUUAGGAAGUAGCCUUGAGACAGGGAUGUCACUAUCAAAGCUAGGGACUGCAUGCAGAAUUUUCUUCAUCUCUUUUUGAAGAGGUUGAGUAUGGCCCUGACUCCUCCAGUGCACUUCUGAACAACGAAGGAGGAGGAGUAAAACCUUGAGAAGUGUUCUUCUGGGGGAAUGUCCAUCACUCCUAUGUCCAGAUGGGAAAUCUCAUUUCAGACCUGCUAACGCUUUGUGGGGUUACUGGUUAUGGGAGGCUGGAUGAAGAAGUGAGGGGGCAGGGCCCUUAGCAUGAGGAAGUAUCCCUGGUGCACCCUCUCUCGCAUCUACUUGUGUGGUAAAAGCAAGAUAUUCAUCUGGAAAUUGAGAAUUUCUGCCUCUAAACUGAGGUCUAGGUGGAGGCACACUCAUUCAUUGUCAUAAUGAACUCAUGGAGGUCGUGGAAGCCACCCUUAGGUUUUCUGAUCACUUCUCAGGGCUGGUCUAUACUGGGGGGGGGGGAGAAAUCGAUCCAAGAU